AUGGAGGGACUGAGGGGAGGAAGGAAAUCGGAAGCGUUACGGGGGACGAGGACAGAGGACAAGGGGAAACAAGGACCAGCACGCACCAGGACCGGCACGCACCAGGACCGGCACGCACCAGGACCGGCACGCACCAGGACCGGCACGCACGCGGAGCAGCACGUACGAGGAGCAGCACGCCCUAAGGAGAGACCUGCAGAGCCCACAUACAACGCCCCCUGCAUUGGCGUGGCGCAUCAGGCCCCAGCCCAAGGAGCAGCGGACCCGGAGCAGCGGACCCGGCCCAGCGGAGCAGCGGACCCGGCCCAGCGGAUCCAGCUCAGGGGAGCACUGUAUAUAACGCCAGACGAGCUGAGUACUUACAGGGACGUGAACAAGCUGCCCCAGACUCUCAGCUACCCUGGUGUGGCGCACCAAGCCCCAGUGGAGCAGCAGACCCGGCCCAGCAGAGAGCGGCCCCAGCAGAGCGGAGCAGUGCGCCAGGCCCAGCCCCAGCAGAGCGGAGCAGCGCGCGCCCGGCCCAGCCCGAGCCCCAGCAGAGCGGAGCAGCGCGCGCCCGGCCCAGCCCGAGCCCCAGCAGAGCGGAGCAGCGCGCGCCCGGCCCAGCAGAGAGCGGCCCCAGCAGAGAGCGGCCCCAGCAGAGAGCGGCCCCAGCAGAGAGCGGCCCCAGCAGAGAGCGGCCCCAGCAGAGAGCGGCUCCUUAACCUUUUAUUUUGA